GUGGGAGCCCCCGGGGUGACGCAAGGGGACGUCGGUCGGUGCGAGGGGGAUGGCGGCGGCGGCGGGUGGCGCGGGCCCGGUGCUGGAGCCGGAGCCACCGCGGGGCGGCCCGGCGGCAGAGGAGGAGGACGAGGAGCAGGCGGCGGCAACAGCAGCGGAGAUGGAGCUGGCGGCGGAGCUGGCGGCGCUGCGCAGUGCGGAUGCGCGGCGGCUGGUGCUGUCGCCGCGGCGGCUGUCGGGCCCGCUGCCCGCCGGGCUGUCGCAGUGUUUCCCGGCGCUGGAGGUCCUGGACGUGAGCGGGACGGGGCUGGCGGAGCUGGGCGCGGAGCUGCUGGCCCUGCCGCAGCUCCACACUCUGCUGGCCAAGAACAACCGGCUGGGCGGGCCCGGCUCGCUGCCCAAGGGGCUGGGGCAGGCCCCGCUCGGCCGCUCCCUCCGCGUCCUCAACCUCAGCGGGAACCGCUUCGCCGAGGUGCCGCCCGCCCUGCUGGAGCUCCACGGGCUGCAGAGCCUCAGCCUCGGCGGCAACCGCCUCCACAGCAUCCCGCCCGAGAUCCAGGAGCUCCGCAGUUUAGAGUUUCUGUACCUUGGAGGGAAUUUCAUUACUUCAAUUCCACCUGAAUUAGCAAACCUGCCUUUUCUAAACUAUCUAGUGCUGUGUGACAACAAGAUCCAGAGCAUUCCACCUCAGCUGGCACGGCUGCACUCCCUGCGUUCCCUUAGCCUGCACAACAACCUGCUGACUUACCUUCCUCGAGAGAUCCUUAACCUGGUUCACCUGGAAGAGCUGAGCUUGCGUGGGAACCCACUGGUGGUUCGGUUUGUCCGUGACCUGACCUACAAUCCCCCAAGCCUUCAGGAGCUGGCUGGACGCACAAUUAAAACUCGCAACGUUCCCUAUGCUCCCAGUGAUCUCCCAGAGAAUCUUGUCCGGUAUCUGAGCUUGGCCAGCAACUGUCCCAAUCCUAAAUGCGGGGGUGUCUACUUUGACAGCUGCGUCAGACAAAUCAAGUUUGUUGACUUCUGUGGGAAGUAUCGCCUCCCACUGAUGCACUACCUGUGCUCCCCAGAGUGCUCCUCUCCCUGCAGCUCUGCCUCCCAGAGCUCAACUUCCCAGAGCGAGUCUGACUCUGAGGACGAAGCCAGUGUUGCUGCACGCAGGAUGCAGAAAGUCCUUCUUGGAUAACAGGGAGCAAGAGGAGAAGACUGGAAGGCAAACAUGUUUGAAAAGCAACAAUGGAACAGCAAGGCAUGAGACUCUGGCCUGAAGGACUCACAAGAAACUGUCCUCAAGUCCAUGUAAGGAGCAGAACAUCUUAGCAAGCCUAGACUUGCUUGAUGCAGUGCUAUUUGGGAGAACUAAUGCUGUGGCAUACUGCCUGUAGGGUGCCUGGGGUGGUUAGAAACACCUGCUGUCUGGGAGACACCCCCCUCCCUCAUACGAGCUGGGGAGGGAGAUUUGUUCACAGAAUCACAGAAAGGUUUGGGUUGGAAGAAACCUUAAAGAUUAUCUAGUUCUAAUCCUCCCUGCCAUGGGUAGGGACACCUUGCAGUAGACCAGGUUGCUCAAAGCCCAGUCCAACCUGGUCUUGAACACUUCCAGGGAUGGGACAUCCACAACUUCUCUGGGCAGCCUUGUUCCUGUGCCUCACCACCCUCACAGGAAAGAAUUUCUUCCUCAUAUCUAAUGUAAAUCUGCCCUCUUUCAGUUUAAAGCUGUUACCCCUUGUCCUAUCACUACAUGCCCUUGUAAAAAUUCCCAGUUCUCACUGGCAGAUUAAGAAGAGUUUUAAUAUAUGACACUUCACUGGACUUCAGCAAAGGAGGCUGGACCAAAUCUUUUUACACUAUGAUAAACCAGAAACAGGCUAAUGAUGCCAAGUGAGUAUGUGUGGACCCCAAUGUUUUAUGUAGCGUUUUGAGUCUUUGCUGUCUUUGAUUUCAGUUACAGAUUUUACACCCAUCUACUAAAAAUGGGAGUUGGUUUUGGUUUUGGUUUUUUUCUUCAGGAGUAGAUUUUUCCAAACUCUGGUUACUCUGCCUAGAGGUGUAGUCUCUGUGCCAUUACAGGUGUUACAGCCAUCAUAGAACUGAGCCACUUUUUUUUUUCCUGGUUAUACCAAGCUGCUUGUAAUGUUUCCUCCUAACUGUAUUCAUUGUUUUUCCUCUGUCUGCCUCUUCCCGUUACACUUGGAGCGUUACUGUCUUUAUGGUGCCUUCAGAAAACAGACCAGUUGUUCUUCUGAGACUUGGUGUUACUUCAGACUUGUGACUGUAUGUGCCUGUGCAAGGGACCAGAUGCGAUGCUCCAUAUCAUGUUUUUGAGUCUCAGCUUACUGGAGCAAAUCUACCUUUGUAUCUAUGAACUGCAGGAAGGGUCUUGAUUGACAUUUACUGUUUGUAAACAAGUUGUCUUCCUGCUGCAAGUAGCUCUGCUGUGCUUGGUACAGAGUCACUUUCUGUUUUUAAGGUAGGCAGCAGCUUAAUGAAGCAGAAGUACUGAGAGAAGUGCCAUGGAGAAUUUUUUUUCUUAUUCAUAACAUAAGAGGAAAAACUGGUAGGGAGGAUAAGGGUGCGUUGGCUGAGCAUCUUGCACAAGGUGGUUUUGAAACUUCUUGCUUAUUUAUUUGUUUGCACUUGCUCUUGUUAUAAUACCUUUGGCAGUCUGUUGGAUUGUUCAAAUAACACAUUCAGUUAUCUUAAACUAUAUUUGAAGGAAAACCACAGAAAAUAGUUCAGAAUUUUUAAGUAUCAAGAAAUAGCUUAUAAAAAUAAGUAUUAUGAGUUGACAGGUAUCUAUAAAUCUGCUUUAUGGGCCUGUUGUGUGUUUUGCUCAGUGAGAGCUGCAUCUUUAUUAGUAUUUCAUGGCAGACAGUUCUUUUGACGCAGCUUCAGAAUGAAUCCAACUGUGCCUUCAGGUGCACAAGCAAAGCAAAAACAUUGUGUUAAGCUAAAUGAACACGAAAAACUUUUCUUAACCCACUUUGGCCCUACAUGGGAAACUAAAAACUUAUGUUCCUCUCCUGCAUUCAGAAAACUCAUGUACCUAUUUGAAUAUCUUAUGGCAGCUCUGUGUUAAUGGUCCUGUUUAAUUACAUGUGACACUUUAUAUAUUAAAGCACUUUGAUAAUUCUACUCUUUGUAACUAGCUUUAGUGAUGGGGUUUUUUUAUUAGACUACAGUUUUUCCUUUAAUGUGACUUGAAGAACCAGGUCUGUGAAACUUUGUACAUUCCAGUCUAUCUUGGUGUGCAGGUUGAACUUCUUGCCUUGCAUUUCCUUGAUAGCACCGCUUAUAUCCCCAGUUUCCUUUGGAGAGAACUGGAAUUUGAAAGAAAUUAUCUGAUUGUAAACUAGCACCCUGUGCAUUAUUAAUCAUUGCAACUUAGUCUGAAGAUUCCCCACACUCACAGAUCCACAAGGAACUAAAUUGCCUGUGCUCUGUGCCUUUCCAAAUAUUUUUUUGAGUAUAUUUUUAAGACACUAUAGGGUAUAUGUGCAAAGCAACUGGAUGUCACUUUAGCAAAUUCUGUGAGGUUUGCUUGGGAAGAGCCACCUACAGAUUUUGAGAGAGACCGACUGCAUACUGUUAAUUAAACUGGGGUCAGUGAGUUGCCUGUGUUUUGUUUUUUAUGUCCUCUUUCAGAUGCUUCUUCCUGUUCCAGGUAGAUGUUGUCGUACCAAUACUGAAGGACAGUAAACUGACUGCAGAGCCACAAUUUUAAAUUGGCUGCUGAUAUAACAGUAGUGAGCAAGUGAGCAAUGAAGAGCUUGGUUCUCCUGCCAAUGGAAGUGAGCCACACAACUUGAGAUCUCAAGAUCUUUUGAGCUCAGGGCUGUGAGGUACCACCUUCCUUUCUUCACGUUAGCAGCAGUUGUCUUGAAGUCAUGGAUUUUUUUUCACUUCACACAGUUAGAUUUCACCACGGUUCCUAUUUGCACAGUGGCACCUCUGUGUGUGACAGGCUGAGACCAGAGGUGACUGGUUCUAAUUUAUCUCCAUCCUUAACUGCAUUCUCUUUCCUAACUGAAGAAGGCAUCCCCUUUAUGCCCCAAUUCUGUAGGGCUAAUAGGCUAAUCUUUUUCACAGCUUCUUCACUGUAGCCACGUCAAAACUUGACAGCUUAUGCAGUUAAUGUCUGUAUGCAUUUUUAGACUUGAUAAAAUGUCAUGUCUCUUUAAAAUUUAUAUAUAUUCCUGAAUAUAGCUAUCAAAUUUUCUUUUUGCUGCUGGACUUUAAAGUGCAAUUCAAGGAAGUCAGAAUUCAAAACAAUCAAGGACUUGUAAGAAAAACAAACGGUUUGUUGAUUGUUUGGUUUUUUUUUUUCCUCAGAGGUGGAUUUGAGAGGACUAGGUAUGCAGGUUUGUACUGUAGUGCCUAACGUACUGAGCCCAUGGGGGUCGAGUGUUUCGGCAAUUGUUAGCUCCCAAAGACUGGAAAAUGUACUGAGCAACAAAAUAGGUAAGGCUCAACUUGAAAAUACAGUGAUGGAUGGUAGGGGCUAGUUCCUACUGUCCCUUUGUUAGGGGCCCUGAGAAGUCGACAGUGGUUUUGCCAGCAUUAUAGCCCUUUGUGUCAGUUUUAAAUAGUGGAUUUCAGUUCCGACAGAUGUGUCUCCAAGUGAAGUCUUCAGUCAGUGUUUUGGUAUCAGUCCCCUUGUUGCUACAGCAGCCCAGCACGUCUGGCUUUUGAAACACUUCUUAAGCCGGGACACAAGUGUGUGAAGCAGAGUUGCUCGUUGGCUCUUCCCUGCAGGGCCGGGGCCCUGCCUGCAUUCAUCCCCUGCCCCCUCGCCUCCCUGCCAAGGGGAGCUGCUGGUGCCUUUCUGAAUGCAGGUACUUCAUGUGAACAGUGGGGUCGUGUUAAAAAGAAGCAAAAUAUCAGCUUGACUGGAAGCAACUUAUACACUUGCCAAUCCUUUUGUUUCUCUUUCUUUAAUAAGAGGUGAGACUUGAGGAAGUCGGUAAUGAAUAUUUAAACAUACUCCAAAGUGGCCAGAUGCAGUUUUUCAUGGGCUUCUGUCCUUGUCAUUUUAAGUCUUUGAAAUCUGUUGUUGAAUUAUAAUGGGAGUUGGGGGGGAAGAAGGGGAGAACCAGCUCCUUUUUGUUCCUUAGUCUUGUUGGCAAUAAUGAAUGGAAGAAAUUUAAUCCAAUGAAAGUAAUGAAACUUAAUCUCUGCAGUGUUUCUUUGUUACUCAGUUCAAAGAACUAUUUUAAUGCAUCUUAUUCACACCACGCUGUCCCUCCCCAGCUGAAGAUCCUUCAAGUAGAGUACUUCACAAUGCACACAAAUACAGCGGUAACUCUAUCUUGGAAACCUUUGUAUUGAUUAUUUCAUUUGCCUGCCUGACUAGAGGAUUGAUCUUUUACUGACCUGAACGUUAAGGAUAGAAAGGGUUCUCAUCCAGCCCUCUUGUUGAAUUUUUAUCAUGAGCAUUUGUUUUAGGAAGUCUUAAAGUGCCUUGUGUUUUUAAAAAUGUAUUUUGCUAGAAAUGUAUGAUUGCAGAAUAUCUCUAACAGUAUUUCAUUAUGAGCUGUAAAACAAAUUGCAAACACUAAACCAAAAAUGUUCUUUC